AUGCAUGUUGUUCAAACUUGGGAUAUUUAUGGAUUGAAUGCGACAGGUAUAGCUGAGACAUUCAUUAUGUGUGGAAUAUUGUAUGGCUUGAAAAGUGCCACAGAUCGCGAUACUGUUAUCAAUUUUGCCUAUGAUUUAUUUAGAAAUGAAACAAUAAAUGUAAAUGUAAAAUGGUAUAAUCCUUACGGUGGUAUGACUAUGUUACAUUACAAUCCGGUUGAUGGACGCUUGUAUUUCUUCGAUUCAAAACGAUUAUUGAGUGUAAAUGUCCGCGUGGAAGGUUAA